ACGAAAUCACUAGUUAGCUGAAUCAUUCACAUUUAAACAUUUAACUGAGCGGCACAUAUUUGAAUUAUGAGUAUUUUGAAAAAAUAUACAUGUCAAAUCAAAUCUGCUAAUUUAUUUAUUUCAUAGAUUCUUAUGUAAAUAGCCUAAUCAGUAAGUUUAUGAAUCAUGCAAUCAUCGUGUAUUAUAGAAGUUCAUCCUGCCACACCAGUAACUAGAGAUCAUCCAACAAAGCUGAAUAAAACAAACACAUCUAUAAGUUAUUCACAAAGCUCUACAACCAGUAAUAAUCAAUCGAGUGAUUCAGAAAAUUCUAUUCAAUCUAUCACUGAUUAUUUAGAAAUUAAACCAUCUAAUUCAUCGCAUAGUUUAUCAAUUAAUCAACCAUUGAAAUUAUCAAAUUUACAAACAUACAACAGAAGUAAUAAUGCAAGCAUUGCUUUAUCAACCAAAUCCAAUACUCAUGUACCAUCAUGGCGAACACAUAAAUAUGGUAAAUAUUGUUGGAAAAGUUGGAUUACAUUUGUACAAUUGGUUAUUGCUUUUAGAGCGAUCAUUGUACGUAUUGGAUUUAUAUGUUUUACAUGCACCGCUAUUGUUAGCGUUGUUAAAGAGAAACAAGAUAUGAGAUUUUGGUUUUUAGCUUUGACAAUUAUACCUCUGUUAAUUGAUUUAAUUGUAGCAAUUAAUGCAUAUGUUUCUGGAAGAUCUGUAACACCAACAAUAUCUAAAUGGUUUUCAUUGUGUAAUUUCACUUACCUCAUUUGCGCUUGUCCACCGAUAUGGAUUAUUGAACUGCAUCAUAUGGAUCAAGUAAAUAAUGCAUCUGACCUACUAGAAUUGAUUGCAACGAAAAAUCACACCCCAGUUGUCACAGUUCCAGCAUGGAUAAACAAAGUACCACCAAUAAUGUCACGUGAAAAUGAAAGUAUGAUGAUUAUGGGUACAGAAAUUGAAGACUUUAUGCAUUCAGCUUAUUUGACAACAGAACCUCAAAGAACCAAGCGAAUAACUCGAAAUACAUUUGUUCAUGAGAUUCUAUCUAAUGAAACAGUUGGUUUACAAGUUUCAAUGGAUGUACUACAAUCAUUACAAUUGCAUAACUUUUCAUUGAAAGAACGUAUACGUAUAUUGGAACAAUUAUUAUUACUAUCUGUAAUUGUUGGACGUUGGUUAAUGCCUAGAGAAGGAUUAACACGUGAUCAACUAUCACAAUUACUAUUAAUUAACAUUGGUACAGCAGCAGAUAUAUUAGAAUUAUUUGAAGCAUUCAAUGAACAAGAAGUGCGUAGAAAUGAUUUUUUACGCACUGUUAUCUUAUCAUUAUGGCAAGCUAGUUUAUUACAAUUUUGUUUUAAUAAAACAGCACUGAAAACACAAAAUAAUUACAAUAAUCGAAAUUUACUAUACUCUAAAUCCAAUGAAUUGUCUACUUUUCAAUGUUCAAGCGAUGAAAAGUCGUUAAGUGAUGGUGAAAGUCGAUUUACUGUCAAUGUUAACAACAAUAAUACCAAUAGUAAUAUUAGUGAUAAUGGUACAUUAAAUUCAAAAAAUAAAUCUCAACGAAGAAGUACACUGGCCACUUUGAAACAAUGGUAUUUAACACGUACAAAACAAAAACAAGACGAAGAUAAUCUAGAAGAUAAAAAUUGCAGUAAUGUCAGUGCUGAAAAUGGUUCACAAUUGAAGCCACCGGAAUCAGAAGUACAACAACAACAGCCACAACAACGGCAGUCAUGUCAAUUGCUCUCACCACCGCUACCAUUAUCCUCAUCAACAUCAUCGAACAUUGGUAAUAUACCAAAAUCAGUAUCACAAAAUGAUUUUACAAGCAAUUCAAAUGAUGUCAGUUGUGCAUUAAUUGGCGGUUGUCUUUUGUUAUGUCGUGAACGACCAUGUUUAUGCUGUGAAACUGAAUUAUGGGCAAUUGGUAUAUCAUUAAUGCUGCAAGAUUUACCAUUUCUUAUAUUAAGAAUAACUUUAAUAGUAUAUUAUAAUGUGAAAAGUUAUUCAAAUGUAUUUUUCACUUGUAAAAAUACUUUAUUAAUUUUAUUACAAGUUUUUCGUUCCAUUGUUAUAUUAUCUGAAGCUGGUAAAUUUUAGUUAAUUUUAAUAAUAAAGGAUUAUCAAUUAAACAAAUACAAUGAUUGUAUGAAAUAUGUUUAUUAUAUUUUUGUUUUGUUUAAAUAGG